UAUCCUAUGUUUCUCUGUUGACUUAAAAGCACACGAAGAGAUCUAAUAAGGUUUAUAGACCGAUCGGCUAACAUAUUUUGAAGGUUGGCAGUGAACUGAUUGAUAAUUGGAAGAAUGUGGGGUCUUCAGACCUAUGGCUUUGUGUUUUUCUUUGUUGUGCUUCACCACGCACACGGAGACCUUAGCUAUUCUGUACAAGAGGAGCUGAAACGCGGAUCUGUUAUUGGGAAUAUCGCCAAGGAUCUCGGACUCGAUGUGGGAAGAUUGUCUGCUCGAAAAGCUCGUAUUGAUCUGGAUGGAGGCGACAGACAAUAUUGCGGAAUUAACCUUCGAAGCGGGGAAUUGUUUGUUGCGGAGAGAAUAGACAGAGAGGAGCACUGCGCAGACAAACCCUCCUGUGUUCUUAAAUUCGACUUGCUAUUGGAGAAUCCAUUGGAGCUACACCGUGUGUCUCUACAGGUGCAGGAUAUAAACGAUAACCCACCAAUUUUUCAGAAGGACAAUGUGAAAUUGGAAAUUACAGAAUCAGCAGACAAAGGCGCAAAGUAUCGUGUAAAUGCAGCUCACGAUGCGGAUAUAGGCCAGAAUGCAGUUGAAAGCUAUGUUUUGCAAGAAAACCCCCAUUUUGCAUUCAAUAUUCAGACUACAAGUGCUGGAAAUAAAUAUGGUGAGUUGAUUUUGGAAAAGGAAUUAGACCGUGAGGAGCAGCAGGAAAUAAAAUUGGUGCUUACUGCUGUGGACGGUGGUUCUCCCAGAAGAUCCGGGACAGUAGUAAUACACGUCAUUGUGCUUGACGCUAAUGAUAACGCCCCGGUGUUUACGGAAUCAGUUUAUACAGCUAAGCUGCCGGAAAACUCACCUUUAAAAACAGUAGUUAUUAGUGUCAGUGCAUCAGACGCUGAUGAAGGUUUAAAUGGAGAGGUUUCAUAUGAAUUUAGCAGACUCUCUGAUAAAUCACGGAAGCUCUUUGCAAUAGAUGAGAAAACCGGAGAAAUAAUUGUAACCGGUGACAUAGAUUAUGAAGAAGGAUCCAAAUAUGAAAUGAAUGUCGAAGCAAAAGAUGGUUAUGGCCUUUCCUCAGAGGCAAAAGUCAUUAUUGAUAUCACUGAUGUAAAUGACAAUGCCCCGGUUAUGUAUUUGAAGUCACUGACUAACCCAAUACCUGAGAAUGUGUCACCUGGUACAGAGGUGGGCAUCAUUAAUGUACAGGAUAGAGAUUCAGAAAAUAAUAAACAGGUCCGCUGCUCCAUUCAGCAAGGUGUCCCUUUUAAGUUAGUUCCUUCUAUUAAAAACUACUAUUCUCUGGUGACCACAGAACAACUGGACCGUGAACUAGUGUCUGAUUACAACAUUACAAUCACUGCCACUGACGAGGGCUCUCCACCUCUGUCCUCCUCGAAAACUGUUCAGUUAUCUGUAGCUGACAUAAAUGACAACCCACCUGUGUUUGAGGAGCAGUCCUACAGCGCAUAUGUGACUGAAAAUAACAAACCUGGAUCCACUUUAUGUUCCGUUACUGCUCGAGACCCGGACUGGAGACAAAACGGUACAGUGAUUUAUUCUCUGUUACCUGGUGAGGUGAACGGUGCCCCGGUGUCCUCCUAUCUGUCUGUGAAUGGAGACACGGGAGUGAUCCACGCUGUGAGGUCUUUUGAUUAUGAGCAGUUCAGGAGUUUUAAAGUCCACGUGAUGGCCAGAGAUAACGGUUCUCCUCCACUCAGCAGCAACGUGACAGUCAGUGUGUUUGUAUCAGAUGUGAAUGACAACUCUCCUCAGAUACUGUACCCCACCCCUGAGGGAAACUCCUUCAUGACUGAGCUGGUCCCCAAAGCUGCCCACGGAGGCUCUUUGGUGUCCAAAGUGAUAGCUGUGGACGCGGACUCUGGACAGAACGCCUGGCUGUCCUAUCAAAUAGUCAAAUCCACUGAUCCUGGCCUUUUUACUAUUGGACUCCACAGUGGAGAGAUCAGGACACAGCGGGACAUUUCUGAAUCUGACAACAUGAAACAGAACCUUAUUGUGUCAGUGAAAGAUAACGGACAGCCUCCUCUCUCUGCCACCUGUGCCAUGUAUUUACUUAUUUCUGAUAACUUGGCUGAGGUUCCAGAACUGAAAGACAUUUCUUAUGACGAAAAGAAUUCCAAAUUAACCUCAUACCUAAUCAUAGCACUGGUGUCAGUUUCUACAAUUUUCCUUACGUUCAUCAUCAUUGUCAUGGGUGUGAGGUUUUGUCGCAGGAGAAAGCCCAGACUGUUGUUUGAUGGAGCAGUUGCAAUCCCCAGCGCUUAUCUGCCUCCUAAUUAUGCAGAUGUUGACGGAACAGGAACUUUACGCAGCACUUACAAUUAUGACGCCUAUUUGACAACAGGAUCUAGAACCAGUGACUUUAAGUUCGUUUCAUCUUACAAUGAUAACACUCUUCCUGCUGAUCAGACUCUGAAGAAAAGUCUAACAGACUUUUCUGACGCAUUUGGCGAUGGAGACUCUUCUCCUGAGGUAGGAACAGUUGCUUUACUUUAA